AUGAGCGAGGACUCUCAGUCCCACUACCGGAUGGAGGCUGGGGAUAGGCUCAAUGGGCUUGGCCAGAGGAGGAAGAGACCCAAAAAGUCGGACAGCAACACCAGCUUCCUGCGAGCGGCGAGGGCGGGGAACAUCGACAAGGUUCUGGAGUACCUGAAGGGUGGAGUGAACAUCAGCACCUGCAAUCAGAAUGGACUCAACGCGUUGCACCUGGCAGCUAAGGAGGGCCAUGUGGAGCUGGUCCAGGAGCUGCUGGAGAGAGGCUCGGCUGUGGACUCGUCCACCAAGAAAGGGAACACAGCCCUCCACAUUGCCUCUCUGGCCGGACAGGCAGACGUAGUGAAGAUGCUGGUGAAGCAGGGAGCAGAAAUUAACUCUCAGUCUCAGAAUGGCUUCACCCCUCUGUACAUGGCUGCUCAGGAGAACCAUAUAGAUGUGGUACGUUACCUUCUGGAGAACGGAGGUAACCAGAGCACCGCCACAGAGGAUGGCUUCACCCCCCUGGCCAUCGCUCUCCAGCAGGGCCACAACCAGGUGGUGUCCGUCCUGCUGGAGAAUGACACCAAGGGCAAGGUGCGGCUGCCCGCCCUGCACAUCGCCGCCCGCAAGGACGACACCAAGUCAGCAGCGCUGCUCCUCCAGAACGACCACAACGCCGACGUCCAGUCCAAGAUGAUGGUCAAUAGGACUACGGAGAGUGGAUUCACGCCACUGCAUAUCGCUGCCCACUAUGGAAACGUGAACGUGUCCACACUACUGCUGAACCGUGGGGCGGCUGUGGACUUCACAGCCAGGAAUGGGAUCACUCCCCUCCACGUGGCCUCCAAGCGUGGUAACACUAACAUGGUCCGCCUCCUACUGGACAGGGGGUCUCAGAUCGACGCUAAGACUAGGGACGGCCUCACACCUCUACACUGUGCAGCCAGGAGUGGACAUGACCCAGCAGUGGAGCUAUUGCUGGAGAGAGGAGCACCUAUGCUGGCUAGGACCAAGAACGGUCUGUCUCCUCUCCACAUGUCGUCUCAGGGUGACCACGUAGAGUGUGUCAAGCACCUGCUGCAGCACAAGGCGCCUGUUGAUGAUGUCACACUGGACUACCUGACGGCACUGCACGUCGCCGCCCACUGCGGUCACUACAGAGUCACCAAGCUGCUGCUGGACAAGAGGGCCAACCCCAACGCUCGAGCGCUGAAUGGUUUCACCCCGCUGCACAUCGCCUGUAAGAAGAACCGAGUGAAGGUGAUGGAGCUGCUGGUCAAGUAUGGAGCAUCUAUCCAGGCCAUGACAGAGUCUGGCCUGACUCCCGUUCACGUAGCAGCAUUCAUGGGUCACCUCAACAUCGUCCUGCUGCUGCUACAGAACGGAGCCUCGCCUGACAUUAGCAACAUUCGUGGGGAGACUGCUCUACACAUGGCAUCCAGGGCAGGACAAGUGGAGGUGGUGCGCUGUCUGCUGAGGAACGGAGCCAUGGUGGACGCUAGAGCCAGGGAGGACCAGACACCCCUCCACAUCGCGUCUCGUCUGGGGAAGACUGAGAUAGUCCAGUUGCUACUGCAGCAUAUGGCCCACCCUGACGCCUCCACUACUAACGGAUACACACCUCUCCACAUCUCAGCGAGGGAGGGACAGCUGGACGUGGCUUCAGUACUGCUGGAGGCAGGCGCCUCACACUCGCUGGCUACUAAGAAAGGAUUCACUCCCCUUCAUGUGGCAUCCAAGUACGGAAGCCUGGAUGUGGUCAAACUUCUCCUGAAAAAAACAGCUCCCCCUGAUUCUGCUGGGAAGAACGGCCUCACACCUCUCCAUGUCGCAGCACAUUAUGAUCACCAGAAGGUGGCGCUCCUGCUUUUGGACAAAGGGGCCUCCCCCCACACCACGGCCAAGAAUGGCUACACCCCACUCCACAUUGCGGCGAAGAAGAACCAGAUGGACAUAGCGGUGGUACUGCUGCAGUACGGAGCGGAGACCAACGUCCUAACCAAACAGGGGGUCACCCCUCUACACCUGGCCUCACAGGAGGGGCACGCUGACAUGGCCGCCCUGCUCAUCGAGAAGGGGACUGAAGUCAACGUCCCCACCAAGAGUGGCCUCACCUCCCUCCAUCUUGCUGCCCAGGAGGACAAGGUGGUUGUCAGUGAGAUACUGGCUACACAUGGAGCCAACCUGGACCAGCAAACUAAGUUGGGCUACACUCCACUGAUUGUAGCGUGUCACUAUGGAAACGCCAAGAUGGUCAACUUCCUCUUACAGAACGGAGCUAGCGUCAACGCCAAGACCAAGAAUGGGUACACUCCCCUCCACCAAGCAGCACAGCAAGGAAACACACACAUCAUCAAUCUACUGCUGCAGAAUGGAGCUAAGCCCAACAACAUCACUGUGAAUGGUAACACAGCUCUGGCCAUCGCCCGGCGACUGGGCUACAUCUCUGUGGUGGACACACUCAAGGUGGUCACCGAGGAGAUCAUUACCUCGACAACCACGGUAACAGAGAAACACAAGAUGAACGUUCCUGAGACCAUGACUGAAGUCCUGGAUGUCUCUGAUGAGGAGGGUGAUGACACUAUGACAGGGGACGGAGGGGAGUAUCUGAGGGCAGAGGACCUGAGGGAGCUGGGGGAUGACUCCCUGCCUGGACAGUACCUGGAUGGGAUGAACUACCUGCGCUUUAGCCUGGAGGGGGGCCGCUCUGACAGUUUGGACAGGUCCUACACUCCCAGUCACCACGGUUACUACUCUCCCAAACAGGACAGCCUGAUGGACGAGAUGUUAACCGGCCAAAACGUGUCGUCUCUUGCCAGGGAAAAUGAGAAGGACUCGUACCGUCUGAGCUGGGGCACAGAAAACCUGGACAAUGUGGCACUGUCUUCCAGCCCCGUCCACUCUGGACGUUCCUCUCCGUGCCAUGAUCAUGGCGACAGCAGCUUCCUGGUUAGCUUCAUGGUUGACGCCAGGGGCGGAGCCAUGCGGGGUUGCCGCCACAACGGCCUGCGCAUCAUCAUCCCACCGCGGAAGUGCAGCGCUCCCACGCGGGUGACCUGCCGGCUGGUAAAGAGGCACCGCCUGGCCACCAUGCCUCCCAUGGUGGAGGGAGAGGGCCUGGCCAGCAGGCUGAUCGAGGUGGGGCCUGUCGGAGCCCAGUUCCUCGGUAAACUACACCUUCCCACUGCCCCGCCCCCUCUUAACGAGGGCGAAAGCCUCGUUAGCCGCAUCCUGCAGCUCGGGCCACCCGGGACAAAAUUCCUCGGGCCUGUUCUGGUGGAGAUCCCUCACUUCGCUGCCCUGAGGGGGAAGGAGAGGGAGCUGGUGAUCUUACGCAGUGAGACAGGAGAGAGCUGGAAGGAGCACCACUGUGAACACACCGGGGAGGAACUUAACCAGAUCCUCAACGGCAUGGACGAGGAACUGGACCCUCCAGAGGAGCUGGAGAAGAAGCGUAUCUGCCGCAUCAUCACCAGGGACUUCCCCCAGUACUUUGCUGUGGUGUCCCGGGUCAAGCAGGACAGUAGCCUGAUCGGUCCAGAGGGGGGCAUCCUGAGCAGCACGGUGAUGCCUCAGGUCCAAGCUGUCUUCCCAGAGGGAGCCCUCACCAAGAGGAUCAGAGUGGGACUACAGGCUCAGCCAAUGAAUGUGGACAUGGUGAGGAAGCUCCUGGGAAACAAGGCGACGUUCAGCCCCAUUGUGACCCUGGAGCCCCGGAGAAGGAAAUUCCAUAAACCCAUAACCAUGACCAUCCCUAUCCCCAAGAGUAACACUGACCCUGUGGUCAAUGGCUUCGGCGGGGACCAGCCCACCCUGCGCCUGCUUUGUAGUAUCACAGGUGGAACGACACCAGCCCAAUGGGAGGACAUUACAGGAACCACGCCCCUAACGUUCAUCAAUGACUGUGUCUCCUUCACGACCAACGUGUCGGCCAGGUUCUGGCUGAUAGACUGUCGGCAGGCGCAGGAGUCGGUCAGUUUCUCCACUUCAGUCUACAGGGAGACCAUCUGCGUUCCCUACAUGGCCAAGUUCGUUAUCUUCGCAAAGACCCACGACCCCAUAGAGGCGCGGCUUCGCUGCUUCUGCAUGACGGAUGACAAGAUGGACAAAACCUUGGAACAGCAGGAGAACUUCACUGAGGUGGCCAGAAGCAGAGACGUAGAGGUCCUAGAGGGUAAACCCAUUUAUGCAGACUGCUUCGGCAACCUGGUCCCUCUCACCAAGAGUGGCCAGCACCACCUCUUCAGCUUCUUUGCUUUCAAAGAGAACAGGCUGGCACUCUUUAUCAAGAUCCGAGACAACACUCAGGAUCCGUGUGGCCGUCUGUCCUUUAUGAAAGAACCCAGGUCUUAUAGAAGUCUGGCCCACAACGCUAUAUGCAACCUGAACAUCACACUACCAUACUACUCAAAGGAAUCUGAUUCCGACCAAGAGGCUGAGGAAGAGGUAACAUUAACCGAGUCAAAGGAUUCCCAGGAUGAAGCCGAGAGGAAAGAGGAACGGUUGGAAAUAACAGCAGACCACCUGGGCUUCAGUUGGACGGAGCUGGCUCGAGAACUGGAGUUCAGUGAGGAGAAGGUCAAUCUAAUAAGGCUUGAGAACCCCAAUUCACUACAGGACCAAAGCCACGCCCUGCUGAAGCUCUGGACUGACAGGGAGGGUAAAAAUGUCACAGAAACAUCACUGAUCAAAAGACUAACCAAAAUCAACAGAAUGGACAUUGUCCACCUCAUCGAAACCAAGAUGGUCAAGUCCACCCAGGAGGACACAUCACACACCUAUGCAGAGAUUGAGAGGACCAUUGCAUUGGAUCACAGUGAAGGUUUCUCUGCCCUCCAUGAGGACGUAGACAGUCCCCGGCCAGGCAGGCGUACAGACAGCACCCCCAGUGGGCCAGGGUCCAGGCAGGGGCCCCUCGUGGUGUCAGAGGAGGACCUCUCCUCCAGCAUGUCGUCACAUCACGAGACUUCAGGGCGGGUGGAGACAGACGAAUCAGUAACAGGCCUCCUGAGACACGUCCAGAAGGAGAAGCUGCAGAAAGAGAUGGAUUCGACACAUUCUGUGGGCGGUACAUCAGAUAUUGGACCGGAGAAGGCUGAGUCACUACAUAUGGGCACUUUCAAACAAGCGGAUGACCUGCCGGACAUCCCUCCCCAGACAGUCACAGAAGAACAGUACAUGGAUGAGCAAGGAAACAUGGUAGUCAAGAAGAUCACACGGAAGGUGAUCCGUAAGUACUUCUCUCCAGACGGUGUGGAGAGAGAGGAGGUGACGGUGCAGGGAUCUCAGCAGGAGAAGGUCAGCGUGGAGGAGGGAGAUGCCUUCUCCAAGGUGGUGAAGAGGACAGUGGUCCGGAGUGAGGGAGAUCAGACUGAGUUGACCUUCUCGGAGCCCCUUGCCCUGGGGGCCACCACGGCCUCGGAGAUCGAGUCAGAGCAGGCGCAGGGUCGAAAGGUCAGCAAGGUGGUCAAGACGACGGUGGUGAGGGGCGAGAGGAUGGAGAAGCAGACGGGUGACCCCUCGCUGGCCGCAGACCUCCCCUCGGCCAAAGAGGACUUUGAGAAGAACCCAGAUGCGUAAGUCUCGUACCCAGAAGAGGACUGUGGCGAUGGAUGCCCAGGGUAAGCAUGUGCACCUGGAGCGGCUGGACGACACCCCAGAGACCCUGCAACCCGAUGCCCU